UCUAGAAAUCAACAGGAAAUUGUUUUAUUUACUGCUUGAAAAUUAACUUUUAACAAAAUUUAUAUGUAUAUUUUUUAAUUAGGACGUAUUGUAAUCUUGUAUAAAAUAAUUAUUGAGAUUUUUACAAGACAUGAGUGUAGAACUACUAGGCAUCCAAGACAAAAGAAGCGUGAAAAAGUAAAAUGCGCUCCAGAUUACAGCUCAAACAUGUUACAGAAUUCAUGAAAUAUUUGGAAGAACAGAUACAACUAAUAGAACCUGUCAUAUGGAUUAUGCAAAACGCAAAAGAAAAAAGCAAGAUGUGGAUAGAUGAUAAAAAUGACAACCCGUCUAUCACAUACAGCGAGCUGUGCCAGGAACUUGAUUCAGCGACCACGGCAAUGUUGGGUGCAGCUUUACACAUUAUAAGUGAAAAUAAAGAGCCUUUAGAUGUCGAUGCAGCAACGCCAUCUUUCUAUCAGUCUACACCACAAACUACAACAACUGAAAAACGUGACUGGAGUGAAUCAACAAAUCAAGUUACUAAACAAGGGCAACAAACAGACGAAAUAUUAAGUCGACUUGAGCAGAUAGAGACAGCCAUAUCUUCUCUACAAGACGUCAGUCGACUUGAGCAGAUAGAGACAGCCAUAUCUUCUCUACAAGACGUCAGUCGACUUGAGCAGAUAGAGACAGCUGUAUCUUCUCUACAAGACGUCAGUCGACUUGAGCAGAUAGAGACAGCCGUAUCUUCUCUACAAGACGCCAAUGACAAGUCUACAAAUGACAUAUCAGAAAUAGAACAAUGGAGAGACAACUUUGUAACAGAACAGAGUGACAUGAGGGUAAACAUUGAACAACUGUCUAAAAAACAAAAGCAGAAUUUUAAAAACUUCAGAAAACAAAUGAGUGAACAAGAUAACAAAGUAAAGGAGCUGAACAAAGAAAUUGAAAGUUUAAAAGAAAAAGAAUCAAAGUCCAACAAAACACUAGAGACACUGUCUCUAAAUAUGAAGGAGUAUGAAAACAACUUACACAAAAUAAAUAAAGAGUUUCAAGAUUACACUGACAAAAUAGACAGUAUAACACAAGAAAUUAAAAGACAUUCGAAUCUGAUGGCGGCCCUACAAGAGGAAUGUGAUAAAAUCUUGUGUAAUACAUCAACUCAAAUAGAAAAGCACAAUGUAGUGUACAAACUACUACAGCAAAGAUUGAUGCCAAUUGACAAACUGAUUCAAAUCUUUAAUCAGAACUUGGAAACUAGAGAAGAAAAAAUAACGAAGCUUGAAACUAUUGAAGCUACUAUUUCAUUGUUGUCCAAAGAUUUGAAUCUAUUAGAGUCACGUGUAUGUAACAGAUAUGCUUGUUAUAUGGAGCUUGCUUAUCCCACACCUGUCAGUGUUGGAUCAAUUAUUUCAACAUUUAGUAAAGUACGUGAAUAUAACGGUCAACAUUUUAAUCAGACAAAUGGAAAAUUUGUAUCACCACAUGAUGGUUUAUAUCUUGUCUGUGUAACACUAAAUGAAAGUGAAGAUAAACGGAUUAGAGUUGGUGCGAGGGCUGGAGACAGGUGGCUUAUGUCUAUAGAAGUGAAAUGUGCCGCCACUAGCGCAGCUGGGUCAGUGGUUGUUGAUAUGAAGAAAGGUCAAGAACUUUACUUUCAAGUGUCUCACGCAGAUCAAGGCUCAAAAUUAUCCUGGUUUAGUAGUUUUAAUAUCGUUAGUUUAUAGAAGUACAACACAAAACAUGGUGGAUGGGAAAUUCUCAAACGAUAAAAUAUGUAACCACCAUGUAAAACAUAAUCUUACAACUUACUUCGUGUGUAGACUACAUGUAUACCAACACUUGAAUGGUUUAUAUGUUGUUUGAUUAAUUAUCAUUAUACACUUCCAAAAAAUUUAAUGUGAUCACCAAUUAAUGUUCUACUUGACUUAAAUAAACACAUAACAUAACUGUAUUUUUACAUAUAUUUUACUUCUCUGUAUCAGGGCUUUAUGUGUAAUUUGUGUACGUUUAAAGUUUAAUGUGAUAAAAAUAAAAUAUGUUUGUGUGUGUUAAAUAUGAAAAUGAUACUUCUAUUGAUUGCAUCA